AUGGCACCCUCAUCAGCAAACGUCAAAGCUGCUCAAGCAGUCAUUGCCUCACGACAGCGGUUCCAAAAAAGCCUCACCCGCGGCACCUCCAGCACAAAACAACCACUCUCUCUCCGCGAAGCCGCGACUCGAUAUCCAGGCGCUACUCGCGCAUCUAUCGACCGGAUUGUAAAGAGGCUAGAAGCUGCGAAUACCCUGGAUUAUAGUGAACUCACCGAGGUACCAAGAGGCCGCCGGCGACAGCUCACAGACGAUGACGAGGAGGGUGUUGUGGCAUUUGUGAUAUGGAGGAAACGGUCUGGGGAACCUGCGUCGAAGAAAGAAGUUGAAGAGGCGGCAAAUACAAUCCGACGACAUCGAGAUCCUCAUGCGAUGCCUGUGGGUAGAAUGUGGUACCCUCGCUUCCGUAAGGCUCAUCAAGAGAUCUUUACUUAG